AUGGAUGUCAUAGAUGAUAAGAAUAAGAGAAUGAAGAAGAUACCUCCCUAUCAACAACAACAACAAAUACAACAACAAUAUGAACAAGAAACAGAUGAAACCAAACAACAUUAUUCAUUCUUAACCGAUCAAGAGGAUGUAAAGAUUAUAAGGUUGAUUUGUAAUUACCUGUCAUUAGGUCAAUUUGAACUUGCAAGAGCUUUGAUACAUCAAGUUAAAGAUCAACAACAACUACAACAACAAAUACAACAACCACUCAUUUCAUCAUCUUCAUCUUUAUCUUCAUCAUUAUUGAUUAAUAAUAAUAGUUCAUCAUCAUCAUCAGCUGCAACUAAUAAUUCAUCAUCAUCAUCAUCAACAAUAUCAACAGGUACACCAACAAUAGUUGAUGAGAUAUCAUCAAUACUAUUACAUACAAUCAAGAAUGGACCACCUGGUUCCUGGUUGACUUCUGAGUCCAUCCCCUCUGCUUCACAUCUUCAAUGGUUAUGUUCAAUUGAAUUAUUUAAUUUAAAAAAGGAUGGAUUUAAACAAAAUGUUUGUCAACAUAGUCUAUUGUUGAUAGAGUUUGCAUUGAUGAUUUAUACAAUACUUGGGGAACAAGUAAAUAACGAUCGUUCAAUAGCACCAAUCAUUCAAGAGUUGAGAGAAUACCAUUAUAUUUUAUUAUAUCAACAACAACAAAGUCAACAACAACAACAACAACAUAAUGGUAAUCAACAAAAUGGUCAACAACAAAAUGGACAAUUUGGACAAUCACCACAAUUAACAUCAAUGGAAUUAUACCAACAAUUUAAUAAUAUCAAUAAUUUCAAUUAUAGUUUUAAUAAUAUCAAUUAUAAUAAUAGUUAUGGUAAUGUUUAUAGUAAUGGUGGUGGUGGAGGUAAUCCAACAAUGUCAAGUCCACAAUUACAUCAACAAAAUAAUCAUGUCAAUAUGAUAUUGUCUAGUCGGUUAAGUGGUAGUUGUCAAGCAUUGAUCAAACGUAUCUUGAUACACUCACCAGAGAUGGCUAGUUAUUUGGUACGUCAUUUAUCAGAUCCUUUUGUAACAAAGUUACAGAACAAUAAUAAUAAUAAGGGUGGUGACGCAGAUGAUGAAGAAGACAAUUUCAAUCAAUCAUUAUUGACUAGUAAGCAUCCAGUUGCCAAUCAAUUGGAAAUUGUUGUUUGCGAGGUUGUCAAUCAAUUAUUGACAAGUGGUCAUUACAAUGAAGCAUAUCAAGUACUUAAAGUAAUUGAUAUUAAAGAUAGAUCGGGUGAGGAGGAUGAUUCAGAAAAAAUGUUGCAAUUAGAAGAGAAUAGUGACUCUGAUAUUAUAACUAGAUGUUUACAGAGGGUUGCAAAUUUAGGUGUUGACAUUAAUUAUAAUCCUCAACAACAACAACAACAACAAGAUUCAUCGUCUACUUCAUCGUAUGACAAGUAUCGAUCAACAUGUCACAAAAUGCCAUUCAAGAGUAAAUUGGAUCAAAAGGUGGCAGACUAUAGCAAGACAUUGGAAAUGUCUAGACUCAAAGUAUAUGAAAGUUUGUUGUCAAAUCGAACUCUAUAUCCAUUACGUGUAUUAUUAGAAUUUGAAGAAGAGAUUUUAAAGGAAAAGACAGAUGACUCUUCUACUACUACUACUGUUAAUCUAUCAUCUUCAUCGUCAUCAGCAACAAAUACAUCGGUCACAUUUGAAUUCCCACAAUGUUUUAAUAUUUUAAAACAAUAUCAAUAUUAUAAACAUCAAUUGUCAGACUCUGCAACGGCCAACAAGAUUAUGGAUGAUUUCUGGUACUGGUAUUACCACUUUAUAAGGGUAAACAACAAACACUUUUUAGAGUAUGCUAUGCAGGUGGCUAUUGAACUGGUCAAGGAGAAGCGAUUCCAAGAGGUGAUGAUCAUCAUCCAACCAUUCCCCAAGCUACUGCCACUCAUUAUUGUGUUGGGAUGGGACUAUUUCCGCGAGGAUAUAGCCAGUCGCAAGAAACUACUCGAUCUCUUUAACCAGUACCCCAAACAAGAACACGAAGAGUUUGACGAGUUUUUGGUGCAUGCAAACAAGCGAUUGGCGUAUUUGGUCGAGAUGGCCGAAUGGUGCUGCAACAACAUGAUGACUGUCCCCAACAGUCCCGGUGGCUCAUCGCUCGUCAUUGGCGACAACCCGCCAAUCAAGAUCCGCGACGGAGAGAACCAGGUGCUGCAAGACCACCAGUCCAAGAUCACCAACCAGGUGGUCAACCAAUUCACCAGUCAUUCACUCGUCCAUGUCAUCAAGGACUUUUUGCCAUUCAUCAAUUCAAAAGACAUAUUGGAUCUCGUUGAAAAGGAUCCAGACUUUCCCAUCAACUAUAAACAAAAGGAUCAAAAGGUGUCAUCAAUAGGAUUAUCCAAAUUAAAUGAUAUGAAUCUGAUAAGAGGUUUCUAUCUUUUAAAAAAUAUUUUGAAAUUCUUUCAUUAUAAUGUAAAUCAAUCAGAAGACGAGAAUAAUGAAUUAUUGGAAACUAAUGGACACAGCAAUGAUAGAUCAUCGGAUUUUAGACAAGAAGAAUUUGAUCAAGUUUUAGAAGAUAUGGAGCAAUUGAUUCAAGGUGUUUCAGAUCCUCUUGUAUCAAUUGGUUUAAUUGAAUCUAUUUAUUUAUCUAUAUUUAUUUCAAAUCAAAAUUUAAAACAACAACAUCAACAAAAUCAGCAACCAUUACAACAACAACAAUUUGAUGAAUUAAAUUUAAAUGGAGAAGAAGAGAUUCAAGCAUCAUCAAAUUUACCAACAUUUAAUGAAAUAUUGGAUAAUUAUAAAGAAAUGGAUAGAUCAUCAAUCGUAGACAUUUUAAAUCAAUUUGAUACUAGUCUCAAACAAAAUGAAGAAAUCAAGUCAACUGAAAACAAAGCAUUCUAUAUAACUCCUUCAAUGUUGGGAUCAUUGAUCAAUUCAUUAUUACGUGUCAUUGAAUACAUUAAAAACACAAAUGAUCUUCAAAAAGGUCAAGAAAGAAUUGAAAUUCUAUCAAUCAAUUUAGAAAAUUUAAAAUAUCGUUCAGAAAUUGUUAAUUGGUUAAAGUUAAAGAUACCAAACAAAAUACCAUUUAUGAAUUUAAUAGUAAUGCCAAUUCAAUCAUUACUUAUUUUAUGUAUGAGAACUAAUUAUCCAAAUUUUAAAGAAACUAUCAAUUAUUUCAAAGUUACAAAAGAAAUUGAAAAAGAAGUCAAUCAAUAUCAAUCAAUUCCAUUAUUAUUUAAUUAUUUAAAUAGUAGUAUUAAUAGUAGUGGUGGUAGUAAUGAAUCAUCAUCAUCAUCGUCAUUGGAAGAUUUAAAAAAGAUAGUACCAUUAAUAACAGAUAGUGAUGAUGUAUUUAUUAUAUUAUGUGAUAUAAUAUUAGGAUCAUCUGAUAAAUUGGAAAAAGAAUAUGUUGAUAAAUCAAUUUAUCAAUUAAUAUCUGAUAAUAAUAGUAUAGAAUAUACAACCUAUUGUACAUCCUCAUCAUCCUCCUCUUUGGAACAAAUAAUUAAAAAGAAACAAGAAAUGGUUACAAGAUUAAAUAGAUUGAUAGAAUCUACAAUAGAUCCAAUUAAAAAACAAUUGGUAGAAUCUAAUGAUAUUCAAGCUAUAAUUGAUUUGGAUCAAGAUAGUUUACUAUCAAAAUCAUUCAAGUAUAUGAUAUCAAUCAAUAAUAUUGUCAAUAAUCUUCCAGUUGAUCAAUCUAUAUCAUCUGAAGACACUGUCAAAUAUUUGGAUAUUAUUAAAGUUGGACCAAAGAAACUAUUGGAACAAAUCAUAUUUAACGAACAAAACUAUCAAAAAGCUGAACAACUAUCUGAAUAUCUUCAAGUUGACCUUUUAGAUUUUAUCAUUUCAUCUUUACAUUUUAUUAAUCCAAAUAAUAAUAGUAAUAAUAACAACAACCAAUCAUCAUCAUUAUCUCCUUCUUCUACCAACAAUUCUAUUUCUUCUACUUCAACUAUUACAAGUACUACGGUAAUUUCAAAAUCAUUAUUGGAAUAUUUAUCAUCAUCAUCUGUGAUAUUGGCAAUAUUAUUGUGUAUGUUGAAAAGUCAUCAGAGUCAAGGAUCAAAGAAUGAAUUUAUCAAGUUGGCGAAAGAGAGUGCCAAGGGAUUACCGUCUAGUACACUUUCCAAUUGGAUUGAAGAGAUGACAAGAGCUGUUUCAUUGGUUGAGAGUGACCCACUUUUGGAACCAUUGUUGGCAAGUACCGACCUAGUCACCAACACAGAGACACUGCAACAACAACAACCAUUCUACUACAAGAUCAUCCAACAAUUGAUAUCAUGUAACCAGUUGGAAAAGGCUCUCAAGAUUGCCGAUGAAUUUUUAGAGGAUGGUGCACCCGACUGGCUGUUGAACCUGUUGGUACAGAGAUCAAAUGACAAACUAUCAAAUUAUCGUUAUAUCCGUCGUAUUCGUGACAAGAAACAAGCUAGACAGUUGAUCAAAGAUUUGUACCAUUUUUGGGACGUGUCAACGUGCAUUGAUAUGGUAGUCUAUAGCAAAUACUAUUUGGAGAGAGAAUUGAUUGAAAAGGAGAAUCUCAUAGAGGAAAGCUCGACUUUUAAUAACUUGGAAUCAGUCGAGAGAAAAGAGUUGAAGGAUAUUGAGAGGUUGUAUCAGUGUUUGUUGAUAUACCAAUCGAUCUUGGUGGAGGAGAGGAAAUCAUCGAGUGUGUCACGUCCGGCUAAAUGGACGACUUGGCAAGAGAUUGACCAGUUGUGUCGUCGUGACCCGGCUACUAUGGUGCGCCAACUUUUGGAUUCACGUCACUACGAACUCGCUCGCAAGAUUAGAGACUUGUUUUCGGUGACCAACGUGCGUAAUGAAAUAGAAGAACGCUACUUGUUUUAUUUAUUGGUUGAAAAGGAUGAUGCGUCACUGGCACUGCAAACAUUGGCAACUUUGGGAUCCGAGGCAGCCGGCAUCAUCGGUACACUACUCCCCAAGCUGCGUCAAGUGUCUGUCAAACUCUUCCUCGUGCAGUUCCUCCUCUCCAACAACAACGCACUUGACUCGGACCGACGACAAGAGCUAGAGCAGCAAGAGAUGGGAUACAAGAUACUCCUCCUCUUACCAAUGGAUUUACAAAAAGAAUACGAGCCGUUUGUCAAUUGGCCAAACCUCAUUCUAGAGAUGCUCAUCAUGAAUGAAAAGAUACCAUUGGUUGCCAAGUUGUUGCAUGAGAUUAAAGACCUUAAAAACGAUGACCUCUUUUGCUACUAUUCUCGCAAGGCACUUUCAUUUGCCCGGUAUAUGGCCAAGAAUGAAAUAUACAUGUUUGACGAUUACAACACUCCAAAUCAACCAAAACCAAACUCUAUACCAUCUGCACCAACUUCACCUGUCUCUCCUGGAGGUACUAGCAGCAACGGUACAAAUACAACAACAACAAAGAAAUUAAAAUGGGUAUUAAAUGGUCAAGAUACAGUUCAAGAUGAAAAGACUAGACAUGAACAUUUCUUUGUUCGAUCGCCAUCGAUUAGUUUAGCCAAAAGUUUAUUUGAUCUUUGUGAAUCAAAGAAAAAGGUGUAUCAAACAAGUUUGGAACUUUACAACUACCUUUCAUCUCGUUUACAAACUACUGCCACUUAUUCUGAUGAUAAUCUAUUAAUCAUUAAUAUGAUUCAACAAUUAUUAUUAUAUACAAAAUUACAAUUACUUAGAGAUAUUAAUAGUGGAGGACCAACAUUGGUAGCAGUAUUAGAUACAUAUUUGGGUAAAGUAGAAUUAUAUCAAUCAUUGGUAAUAUCAAAAUGUAAUGGGAAUAUGUCAUUGACUGAUCUAAGUGAUAGUCAAAAAGCAAGACAACUACGAGACAAAUUAAUUAGUGAAGAUCGAUUGAAAUUGGCAAUUGACGUUGCUACUAAAUGUAAUAUUCCAGCAGAUCCUGCGUGGGUAUCUUGGGGCAUGUCACUGCUGCAACUUGGAAAUUACUCAGAUGCACGUGAAAAGUUUAAAUAUUGUUUGACGAGUGGUGAUGGUAACCGUCGUAUCAUGUCACCAUCGACUUCACUACUCUCUCAAGAGUCGGUCGACAGUAGUUUGAUCCUCAACCAAAUCAUCCAAUUAUUGGAAACACCACCUCUACCAAACCACAAUAAUAUCAGAAACUUGUACAACUUUUUCAAUCAAAAAGGAGUGACCAAUGUUAAAAUUGAUGAUAAUCAAUUUUAUAGUUUGUUGACACAACAACAGCAGCAAGCUACCAGUAGUUCACCUCCAACAACAUCAUCAUCAUCACUAUCAUCGUCACAGGGGUUAUCUGCGACAGUGUCACCUCGAUCAAAUGCAAAUACAAAUGGAAUAGCAAGUGAACGAUUAGAAGAGAUUAUAUAUUAUAUUAAAAAGUAUGGUACGGAUUGUGCAGCACAAUAUCAACAACUCGACCAUGGCCGAUCUAUUUGCUAUUGUCAAGCAGCUCGACCCCAAGCUUACACUCUUCCAGGAGCAUCUGCUCAACGCGUGCAAGAUCAUGAACGAGCGCAAAUGGUAUUCGCUGUUGUUUGA